CUUUGUUUGUUUACCCCAUCCCACCGUGCGCGAGGAGAUAACUUGCGAAAUUGGCUCGCCUUUGCCCGUGCACACUGACUGGCUGGCUGACGGGCACGUGCACGUGGAGAAAGAGAGCACCGUUUUUGGCAAAUGCGGUGACGACGACGACGACGACGGAUCGGACCCCACAUGUGAACCAUUAUAAAACAACUUGGACCCGGCUUCUGGGACACCAUUCGUCAACGGUCGUGUUCACCGGUCACACUCACUGGAGCGCAUUUUGGGUUUAAGCGAGCGGCGUCAAAUAUGAAGGCGUUCGUAGUGUUGGCUAUGGUGUUGGUCACUGCCUCGUGCGCAGAUGUCGGCAAUUCCACAAAAAAGGAAAAGCGGGAUCUCUGGGAUGACGCAUUUGGACACGGUUCCUCGGGUGGAAGUGAAGGACACGGAGGAGAGUCAUCCGACGCCGGUAAGGGAUACGGAGAAGGAUUAUCCAGUUACGGUGGAGAUCAUGGACACGGGGCCGUCAGCUUCGGCAAGGGCCACGAGGAAUCGUCAAGUUUGGGCGAAGGAUACGGGCAUGGUUCCAUUAGCUUUGAUGGAGGACAUGGAGGCGAUGGAAAGGAAUCAUCUGGUGGGCACGAGUCUCACGACACCGGCAAGGGACAUGGAUUAUCCAGUUACGGUGGAGACCACGGACAUAUCAUUGUAUUCAGUAAAGGACACGAGGAAGAGUCUUCUGGCCAUAGUGGAGGAUUUGGCCAUGACUCCGGCGAUGAUCAUAAGCAUAGUUUUGCUGGCUUUGGUGGAGGACAUGGUCAUGGCUCAGGCGGAGGACAUGGUCAUGGCUCAGGCGGAGGACAUGGACACGGUUUUGGCGACAUCGGAGGAGGUCAUAAGGAGAGUUCUGGAGGUCAUGGACAUGGCUUUGGUGACAUCGGAGGAGGACAUAAGGAAAGCUCAGGCGGUAUCAGCUUAGGCCAUGGACAUAGUUUCGGCAGUAUCGGAGGUGGCCAUAAGGAGAGUUCCGGAGGCCAUGGACAUGGUUUUGGUGAUAUCGGAGGGGGUCACAAGGAAAGUUCUGGAGGACACGGCAUUAGUUUUGGUGACAUCGGAGGAGGACAUAAGGAAAGUUCAGGCGGUAUCAGCCUAGGCCAUGGACAUAGCUUUGGCAGUAUUGGAGGAGGUCAUAAGGAAAGUUCCGGAGGACAUGGUCAUAGUUUUGGCGGUCAUAAGGAGAGCUCUGGCGGACACGACCAUGGCGCAGGGGGUCAUAAGGAAAGCUCAGGCGGUAUCAGUCUAGGCCAUGGACUAAGUUUUGGUGGUUUCAAAGGCGGUCAUAAGGAGAGUUCCGGAGGCCAUGGGCAUAGUUUUGGUAGCAUCGGAGGAGAUCACAAGAAGGGCUCUGGUGGUAUCAGUCUAGGCCACGGACAUAGUUUUGGCAGCAUCGGAGGAGAUCAUAAGGAGAGCUCUGGAGGACAUGGUCAUAGUUUUGGAGGCCAUGGAUUGAGCUUUGGCGGCUUCGAUGGAGGUCAUAAGGAAAGCUCUGGAGGACACGGCCACAGUUUUGGCAGCCAUGGGGGAGGUCAUAAGGAGAGCUCUGGUGGUAUCAGUCUAGGUCAUGGACAUAGUUUCGGUAGCAUCGGAGGAGGUCAUAAGGAGAGUUCUGGAGGACACGGCCAUAGCUUUGGAGGUCAUGGAGGAGAUCAUAAAGAGAGUUCCGGUGGUAUCAGUUUAGGCCAUGGAUAUAGUUUCGGAAGUAUCGGAGGAGGUCAUGACCACGGUUCUGGUGGUGGCGGUGGAGGACAUGGCCACAGUUUUGGAGGGGAUCAUAAGGAGAGUUCUGGAGGACACGGCCACAGUUUUGGAGGGGGUCAUAAGGAGAGUUCUGGAGGACACGGAUAUAGUUUCGGUAGUAUUGGAGGGGAUCAUAAGGAGAGCUCUGGUGGUCAUAGUUUCGGAAGCAUCGGAGGGGGUCAUGACCAUGGUGGUAGCAGUGGUGGACAUGGAUACAGUUUCGGUAGCUUCGGAGGGGAUCAUAAAGAAAGCUCUGGUGAUAUUAGUGGCGCCUACGGUCACAGCUUCAGCAGCUUCGAUGGAGGACACAAGGAGAGUUCUGGUGGUGGUGGACGCGGUGGCUCCAGCGGAGGACACGGUGGAUCCAGCGGAGGACACGGUGGCUCCAGCGGAGGACACGGUGGCUCUAGUGGAGGACACGGAGGCUCUGGCGGUGGACACGGAGGCUCUGGCGGUGGACACGGAGGCUCUGGCGGAGGACAUGGAGGCUCUGGAGGCGGGCAUGGAGGACAUGAUAUUGUACAUGAACACAGUUCUGGUAGCCUCAGUGGAGGAUACGGCAGCGGUGGAGGUGGACACGGACAUAGCUCCGGUGGUGGACAUGAUUCCGGAAAGUCCAGUGGCGGUCACGAUUCGGGCAAGUCCGGUGGCGGCCAUGAUUCUGGCAGCACUAGUAAGCAGGAAAAAAUUGUCAAAAAAGUGACCAUCACCAAAACUGUCCCAGCUCCAUAUCCAGUUGAAGUCCAGAAAGAUGUCGCCGUCCCAGUCAAGGUGCCAUAUCCAGUGAAAGUUGAGAAAACGAGCCAUUACGUUGUAGAGAAGACGAUUCCGUUUGUGGUGGAGAAAACCAUACCGUACAAAGUAGAUCGUCCAGUCCCAUACCCAGUGGAAGUCAAGGUUCCCGUUGUCCAGAAGGAAUACAUCAAAGUGCCGAAGCCGUACGCAGUUCAUGUUGAAAAGCUCGUUCCAGAGUACAUCGAGAAACCGGUUUAUAUCACAAAGCACGUACCAGUGACGUACCACGUCAAGGAGAAGAAGAAGGAAUCAUCCAAGUGGUUUUAAAUGGUCUUAGUUUUUAAUAUUAGUAAUAUGUACAUAUGUUUAAAAGUGCUAUCAGACUGACAUGAUUUUAAUGUAUCGAGAGUUUUACUACUACACCUGGCGCCAGGUACAGGUUCCUUUAGAUUUGGAUGAUUUUUUUUUUUAAAUUUAAUUAUUUGCCUCAAAUACCUUACUUACUUUCCACCAAGGUGUUGAGCAAACUUUUAAACAGAUUAAUAUAAUUCGGAAUUAGACUGGUGCAAAAUUUCUUAGGUUUAUCAUAAAUAAAUCUUCAUCCAACUAAAGACUGCUAGGUUAGACACCGUAUUUGUAGAAUAUUGAUGCACAAAGCACAUGCAUUUCAAAUUGAGUUUUGAAUAUAAUAAUAUGAUGUAGAAGUUUUGUAAUAGCAACAACAUUUCUAUCGAA